AUGACUGUCAAUCUGGAUGACGAACUGUUCACCAGUGCCAUCUCCGGAUACCACGAGGCGUUUUUGGUCCAACACUCCCACCUCCCGGAAGAUGAACGAAAUCAGCUCUGGAUUGAACGGCUGAGUCAGUUCAUCCCGACCAACGACCGGGAUUCCAACUGGCAGCCAGCUGGGAGCCUGGGGAAACGGAAUCGACAGGAUGCGACACCACGGACGUUGCCAUGUUCCUUCUCCUCGCGCUCGCGUCUCCUCACUUCAACCGCCAUUCGUCCUUGGAUUGACAAUUGGCAGACCCCGGAUCUCUCAGUCGAUUGCCCACGCGACCUCUCCUACGCCUGCCCCGCAGACCCACCUCGGAACGGCGCUGCCUUCGCGGGACAAGACUCCUACCGACACACGCCGAUGGUGCGCUCCCAGAGCCAGCAAAUACCGGUCUCCCACCAGCACCACCCCACCGGUGCCGCCAUAGGUAAACGUCAAUCCUUCGGCCUGGUACGGACCCAUCGCCUCGACCAUGUCGACGAAUUUUCGCCAUCCGAUUUCGCAAAGUAUUUGGACGUUCCUCCCAGUCAACCCUGUGACUCGGCGUUGACUUUCGGACUCGCAAAUCAUGGACAACCCGGACCUUUCCCUCAAUACCCUGACCGGACGCCCCCCUGGACCGACCAGGCCCCAGCAGCUGCGCCGGAGAUGUCCCGCAGCACGACCGCCGACUCCUUAGUUGGUGGAAUCAACAUGAUCCGCUUCGACUCGACCGGACCAGCUCAGUAUCAAGAACCGACCGACUCCGUCCCGCCGGACUGGGUGCCUCCUACCUCCGGCCUGCCGUAUCAAGACUCCUUUCUCUCCCCCGUGUACCCUGACCUAGAUCCCACAUCGUCUUCCCCAUUCUCCCAUUCUCCCUUCUCUCACCCAUCGUCCUUCUCCAACCUACCAUUCUCGGCAUCUGCUCCCCCAGCCGCCUCCUCUCGCUACCCAAUGCCCCACAAUCGCCUCCUCUUCGACUGCAUCGACGGCCAUACCCUGGCCUCACAGCGCUCCCGGGCUGUGCGACGCACCAAAGAGCAAAUCGCCCAAGCCACGCGCCGCAUUGCUCCAAAGGUCGAGUCUGUCGCCAGCAGCAUGUCCCAGAUCGAUAACCACAAGAUGGUCCGCAUCUCCUCAGCAGACGGCACAACAAAGGAAGUCGCCGCUAUCCCCAAGGCCUCCGUGCGACGACCGCCACGACCAAAGACAUACUGCCGCAUCUGCACGGACCAUCCGGACGGGUUCCACGGCGAGCACGAGCUGCGCCGCCAUAUCGAGCGCGUGCACGCUUCCGUCCGCACGGUCUGGGUCUGCCGUGAUAUCUCGCCUGGCAAGUACUUCCUUGCAAAUUGCAAGGCUUGUCGCAAUGGGAAGCGCUACGGUGCCAAUUACAACGCGGCUGCACAUUUGCGCCGCACGCAUUUCAAUCCCUGUGAGCGGGGCCGCGGGGGCCGCGGGAAAGAUAGCGAGAAGCGCGGCGGGAAGGGCGGAGGUAAUCAGCCCGGCAUGGAUGUUUUGAAACAUUGGAUGGUUGCCGCAGAGGAAGUCACCGAGGCGACUGGCGAUGGCACCAACUCGAAGCUUCUGAUUCGGAAUCCCACGCAUCUUUCGACUAGGGACCCUGGGUAUCAACUUGCUGUUGCUGCUUGUGGCCUGGUUGAGGGUCAGCCUCCUUAUGUUGUGGAGUCCGCUCCGCUGAAGGAGUCUGACCAAUUCCCCGAGUUUCCCGAUGUUCCGUUUGAGUUCGAUUUUGAGAUGGAUCUUGAUCUCGACCUCGACAUCGAUGAGUCGGAAGAUUCCUCAUUAUCCGGUUCGCAGGCAUCCUGCACGCCUGAUACUGAUUCAUAUCUCAACCUCCCCCUUUCGACCAAUCUCUGUCUUCGCCUUAUCCCAGAAGAUUACCUCCCGCUGCCAUGUCUUAUGCGCAGCAGCAGCCUCCGUAUGGGUACCAGCCUGGCGCUCCGCAAGGAUAUGGACCCCCUCCGCCUGGCCCUCAGCCGGGAUACUACCAGCAGCCUGGAUAUGACCAGCAAGGCCAGUACCCGCAAGGCCAGUACCCUCAGUACGCCCAAGGCCAGCCUGGUGGAAUGCAAUACCCAAACCAAGCUCCUCCUCCACCUCAACAGCCUCAAGAACAAAAAUCUGACCGGGGAUGUCUCAUGGGUUGUCUGGCCGCGAUGUGCUGUUGCUUGGCCCUCGACGAUUGCUGCGAAUGCUGCGACGAGUGCUGCUAAACUCCAUGACCCAUGA